AGAGGAUCCAAAAAUGAUCCUUAAGUUAAAGUAGCAUUACUACAAAAAUAUCAUUCAAGUAGAACUAAAAUGCAAAUAGUAAGAAGUUGUCAUCCAAAUACCUAUCUGAGAAAUAAAAAAAGGAUACGGUGAUAAUAUUAAAGUUUUGAGUACUAGUUUGAAUUUACGUAAUUUAUGGUCUAAAACAUAUUUGCAGAUGUUCCAAUACAUUUUGAAUUACUGGUACAAAAAGUAACUUACUAUUUUUGAAGUUUUGCUAAAAACCUGCAGCUUAUAAAUGAUGUGGAGUCAUGAAGCUUGUUUUUCUUCUAUUUUAUUGUAAUUUUAAAAAAACCUUUAUGUGCCCGAAGAAUAAAUGGUACAAAGGGUUUACACAUCAAUAUGUAAAGCCCAAUGUAACUGAGGUUGAUCAUCAUACAUCUACUUUAGUAAUAGUAUAAAGAAGUAUGAUUUAGUAUAGAAGUAUAUCUUAGAAAAGCUACUCAAUAAAGAACUAUUUUUACCAAAAUUUACCCAGAGAAAUGUAAUUGAGUAAAUGUAGUUGUCUAUAAAACUUGUAGUCAUAACCCUUAAUGACAGACUGAGUGACACGGUUAGAUCUUGUAGUUUAAUAAAAGCUGUGGUGAUUUACCGUCUUACAUAUUUGUUCCCCAGCAUAUCUUGAGAACUAACAUCUUUUUUCCGUUUUUAUUUACAGCUGAUUCCAGCAACCAAAUGAGCUGACGGGCGGUGAUCCUCCACUCAAACUCAAAGAGAUCAAGCUGUUGAGAUGGAUCAUUCUCCAUCUGUGUUCUCAGGAGUUAUGAGGACCAUUACAUUGGGUAUUGUGUGGCUCUUUCUCUGUCCUUCAGUGGAUGCAAUGUCUUUGAAAGGGCAGAAUGUAGACCAACAGGAAGGAAAGGCAGAAGUCAGAGAAGAGACGCUGCCUAAAAGAGUAAAGCGAGGCUGGAUGUGGAACCAGUUUUCCGUGAUGGAGGAGUAUACCGGGACUGACUACCAGUAUAUUGGCAGGCUCCAGUCUGACAAGGAUCCGGACAACGGCUCUGUCAAGUACGUUCUCUCUGGCGAGGGGGCCGGCACCAUCUUUGUCAUUGAUGAGAGCAAAGGGUUCCUGCACGCCACUCGGCGCCUGGACCGUGAGGAAAAGGCUUUUUACAAGCUCAAAGCCACAGUGGUCAACAAACAGACAGGUCUGCAGCUGGAGCCAGAAACAGAGUUCAUCAUUAAACUCCAGGACAUGAAUGAUAAUGAGCCACAGUUCAGCCAGGAGGUGUACACUGCCAGCAUACCUGAGAGGUCUGAUGUUGGAACGCCGGUGAUCCAGGUGACGGCUACAGAUGCAGACGAUAGCAUGUAUGGGAUUGGUGCCAAGCUGUUCUACAGCAUCAGCCGGGGACACCCAUACUUCUCUGUGGACCCCACCACUGGUGUAAUUCGUACCGCUUUGGGUCCUAAGGAUAUGGAUCGUGAGACAAAGGAGCACUACCAGGUUGUGAUCGAAGCCAAAGACAUGGCUGGACAAAGAGGAGGGCUCACUGGUACUACUGUAGUUAACAUCUCCCUCACUGAUGUCAAUGACAACCCUCCAGUCUUCACUCAAAGUGUGUACCAACUAAGUGUUCCUGAAUCAGCCAUGUUUGGGACAGUGGUUGGAAGCGUUCAAGCUACUGACAGAGACAUUGGGAGGAAUGCAGAGAUGUCUUUCAGUAUCACCAGUGGGGACAGCAUGGGUAUUUUUGAUAUUUCUACCGACAAGAACACUCAAAAUGGAGUCAUCACUGUCAAAAAGCCUUUGGAUUAUGAGAAAAAAUCCUCAUACACAAUAGAAAUCCAGGUCCGGAACAGCCAGAAGGACCAUGUUUUCAUGUUGAGAGACUCUAAAGACAUGGCCACAGUUCAGAUCAGGGUGGAAGAUGUUGAUGAACCACCACUGUUCAGCAAAGCUCACUACCUGAUGGAAGUGAAGGAGGAUGCACCAAUCAGCACAGCUGUUGGGUCUGUUAGUGCCACAGACCCUGAUCAAGUUCGUCGUGUAAUCACAUAUUCAAUUGAACGACACACUGACAUGGAUCACGUAUUUGGCAUCCACCCAGGAAAUGGAUCUGUCUUCCUACUCAAACACUUGGACCGGGAGCAAAAGGCCUGGCAUAAUUUUUCAGUCAUUGCAAAAGAAUUUCGUCAUCCCCAUCAGAGCAGCCAUACUCUGGUCUACGUUCGCCUGCUGGACAUCAACGACAAUGCCCCCACCUUUGCCACUGAUUAUGAAACCUUUGUGUGUGAGAGAACCAAGGUUGGCCAGCUAAUCCAGACCAUCAGAGCUGUUGAUGCAGAUGCUCCUUCAGCAGGACACAGUUUCUAUUUCAGCUUGGCUCCUGAUGAGGCCAACACAAGCAACUUUACUAUCCGAGACAAUGCAGACAACACUGCUGGGAUUUUGACUCGUCGAUCCAGCUACAGCCGCUUCCAGCAGAGUGUCCACUUUGUUCCUGUGGUAAUCACUGAUGGAGACUAUCCAAUUCAGAGCAGCACCAGCACGCUCACUGUCAGAGUUUGUGCCUGUGAUCAUAAAGGCAACAUGGAGCUUUGUAAUGUAGAGGCGAUGAGUGACUCUCCUGGACUCGUCACUGGAGCCCUUGUUUCUGUUCUUCUCUGUCUCCUCAUACUGCUAAUUGUUGUUAUUUUCUUCACCACACUGAAACGCAGAAGGAAACAAGAACCUCUCAUCGACUCCAAAGAGGAUGUCCGGGAUAAUGUAGUGAGCUACAAUGAUGAGGGGGGUGGCGAGGAGGACACUCAGGCUUUUGAUAUUGGUGCACUAUACCAUCCAGCCCCAGCCCUGGAGGAGUCUGUUAAACAGAGGCGGGACAUUAUCCCCUAUGACACACUGCUGUACCCUUCAAACCUGUGGCAGGCUCCCAUGACUUCCGGUCCUGUGGUAUCUGCAGCAGUGACCUCCAGCAACAAUGAAGACGUGUGGGAAUUCAUCAACCAGAAGGUUCUGGAGAACGACUGCAACCCAACAGGUCCGCCAUAUGACUCAUUGGCCACGUAUGCUUACGAGGGCUCCGGUUCAGUGGUGGAGUCGCUCAGCUCACUGGGCUCUGCCUUGUCUGAGACGGAACAGGAAUACCACUACCUGCAUGAAUGGGGACCCAGGUUCAGGAAGCUGGCGGACAUGUAUGGAGCCGCGGAUAAUGACUUUUCUUAGCAAGAUGUUCACUGCCCAGAGGCAUCUUAGGAGGUUUCUUAUUCCAGAAAACCAUAAAUGCUCCUGGUGGGCUUUGCAGGGAUUGUUUUUUUACUUUUACACACUGUCUGGAAAAUCAGUGUAUUCAUGAAUCACUUGACUCAUUAUGUAAUAAAAACCAAACAUGCCAAACAGCAAAUUAAAAUACUUUUUAAGCUAUGCAUUAACCACCUGUGCAAUAUGGGAUUUGAAAACAAACAGUUUAAAGUUGAAAAUCAAGUUUACUGAUUUCUAACUAUAUGCAGGAAUUUAUAUGCACUCGCAAAACAAGUUUUUUUUUGUUUGGAUCAAGUGGCCUUCUGCUUCCCUUUAGGCUGAACUGAUGAAGCAUCUCAACUGGAUGAUAGAUUAGGUUCUAAACAAGUGUUUUUUCAUCUUUAGUGCUCUUUUCUUUUUUUUUCUUUUUUUGCUUGUUGACUGAAGCUUUGUUUGAGACCCUUGUAGCCCAGUAUCUGCUCAGGGGGGCUGGCUUUUGAUUCCAACUUUCACUGGAUGGUUCAAGCACAAGUACUUUUAUUAGACUCAAAAAGUGUGAUUAAGAUCACAAAAGAAAGCUGCACCUGUUUUCAACAGUGCUUUAGUCACUCCAAAAAGUUUCACUCUGCUUUUAUGAUUUCAUUAGUGUAAAUGUAAAAAAUGGUCAGAAUUGAAUAGCUUGCUAAUAAAAAUGUAUAUAUAACUCUUUUCUAAAAAUAAAAUGUUUGCUAAAAA